AUGACAGAAACAGUGGCAACUAUAAUCACAACAUAUACAAAUACCAAACCAGAGAUUCCGUCUGACACACAAACAGUGUCGACGUCACUCCUUACGGCCGAAGUGAUACCCACCUCUUCAGACAACGCAACAAAGUUAAUCUUGAAUACAAGUAAGUCGCCUGCUGCGCAAUUGAACCCAGCAAAUCCAAUGCCGGCCAAGACACAUCCUUCAACAGUCCCCACAACGAGCAGCAGUCAGCUCACCAUGAGUCAGACUUUCGGCCAGCGUGAGCAUGAAUUAGUGGGAACGCAAGACCCUCACAAAGCUGAGGAAGCAAUAAAAAAAAUAGUUGCAAGCUGGAGAGUGCACCGUCGGAAACGCGAAUCCAAUGGCAUGGUUGUAUCUGCUGAAUCGCGAGACAAAUUGCAGAAAAGAGUAUGUCUUCACCAUCAGCAUGAGGAAGCUUGUCCUGCCUGGGCUAUGUGGAAAGACGUGCUAAAUUCCUUAGAACAUAUCAAAGGCCAACAUGAGUUACUGACGAAACUGGGUGCACACAUAGAGAAGGUGGAUGAAAAUUUAAAGAUAGAACAGGGAACUUCAGUAAAGAAUCAUCUCUGGUUAGUAUUGGAUACAGUGCACUGGUUGGAACUAUUUGAUAGAAAACAUAGAUAUGGCGCAAAUCUGAAGGUAUAUCAUGACGAGUGGCUUAAUUCAAGUACUAAGGAGAACUUUUUCCAAUGGCUGGACGAAGGUUCCGGGAAAGCGCUCGAUCUUAAAGCAAAACCGCGUUCUAUAUUAGAAAGCCAGAAAGUAAAAUACCUAACAGAUGAAGAACGUGAACACUAUGAAGUUAUAAUACAAGAGGGUCGCUUCGUAUACAAACAUUCAGGUGCAGUUGUCCACACUAAUCCGCGCCCUCGUAAGCAAAGCGAUGCAGUCAGCUUUACAUCCUCAUUAAACGGAUCAAGUCGAUCACCCUCCCCAAGUCCACAAAUACCACCCGGUGCUGUCGACGAUGGUGUGACAGCUCAUGAAGAAUCUAAACCAACGGAUACCACAGAUUUUCUUUAUCCUUUAAGCCCUAUAGGUGCAGACAAUGAAGAAGGAGAGAAAUGGAUAUAUGUAACGGAUUGUAGAAACCACCUUUACAUCGGAAAAAAAACGAAGGGUUAUUUCCAUCAUUCUUCUUUCCUUGCAGGAGGGGCCAUUCGCGCUGCUGGUGGGAUCAAAGUGCGACACGGUAAACUUGAAGAACUUACUCCCAAUAGCGGACAUUAUAAACCCGCCCAUCAACACUUUAAAGCACUUGUAGAACGAAUUUGUGAACAGGGUAUCAAUCUUGAAGAUGUCAAAGUAGUAUGGCCGAGCAAGAAACUAGAACAGAGAUUAAUGGCUAGAUACGUUGCCUCUUGGAAAAAGGUUUUUGAAGUGCAGAAUCAUCCGUCCAGUAUAAUAGUGGAAUCACAAAUAUCAAACGAUCCAGAUUUAAAAAAGGAAGACGAGACUAACACGAAUGUAAAAUCAAGUUCUAGAGAGGUUAACGAUGGGUACCAAAGAAACCAAGGAACGCAUUUUAGGCUCCUCAAACGUUUUGUCAAGAUGCUAACUGGCGGUGCAGUACCUGCACAAAACUGCGAUCAACAAGAAUCCCCACGAAGGAGAAGAUUCAGAAACGUUCGCGUAUUCCGUUUCCGAGAUAAAAACGACGAUAGUAGGAAAGAACGAUCCUUAACGGAUCCAUCUCCCAAAAAAGAGCAUUCUUGGAAACUAUCAGGAGUGCGUGCUUUCGCAGGGCGAAUGUUUGGAUCAUCCAGUAGUUUGAGGCAAGACAGAAUGCCGGGAGGUGACAAGCCAGAUGAUUUGACGACGAUUUCACCACCGCGGGUUGUUAUAUCAUCAUGA